CUUUUCUUGAAGUAUGAGGAGAUGAGGGCCGAACCGGUCAAGCACGUCAAGAUGCUCGCCAAGUUCCUCGGUGUCCCCUUCACCGAGGAGGAGAUGAGAUGUGGAGUUGUAGAGGGUGUCGUGCACCUGUGUAGCUUCGAUAAGCUCAGGAGCAUGCCGGUCAACUCAUCGGGAGUAACUGAUAGGAUUGGUGGGGUGCCAAUGGAGAACUCUUCCUACUUUAGGGCCGGGAAGGUCGGUGACUGGGCAAACCACUUGACGGAAGAGAUGUCAAAGAAGCUGGAUGCCAUUGUUGAGGAGAAGCUGAGAGGAUCAGGUCUCACAUUUUGACAUCUCGGUGUCAUGUUGAACUAUGUGCA